AUGGCCACCGAGCUUCCGGAAAAGCUCAAGCCGGCCGCUCGUGUCGCUGGCCAGAGGCAGGAUGUUUGGUCCAUCGUCAAUGAAGCCGCGGCAGCCUCGCCGAAGCAGCCCAUCGUGAACAUGGGCCAGGGGUUUUUCGGCUACAACCCUCCGCCGUUCAUCAUCAACGCGGCCAAGGCGGCGCUGGACCGGGUGGAAUGCAAUCAGUACAGCCCUACAAAGGGCAGACCUCGGCUGAAGCAGGCCAUCUCCGACGCCUACUCGCCGUACUGGGGUAGAACGUUGAACCCGGACACGGAAGUGACUAUCACCACAGGAGCAAAUGAAGGCAUGCUCAGUGCCUUCAUGGCGUUCAUUGAGCCCGGCGAUGAAGUCAUCAUCUUCGAGCCCUUCUUUGAUCAGUAUAUCAGCAACAUCGAGAUGCCCGGUGGCAAGAUCGUCUACGUGCCGUUGCACCCGCCGAAAGACGGAGCGACGCGGACUUCCUCGUCUGCAGAGUGGACCGUUGACUUUGAUGAACUCCAGAAGGCCAUUACCCCGAAGACGAAGAUGAUCGUCAUCAAUACGCCUCACAAUCCGGUUGGAAAGGUCUUCUCCAAGGAAGAGCUACAGCAAAUAGGAGACAUGUGCGUCAAGAAUGAGAUCAUCAUUCUUUCAGACGAAGUCUACGACCGUCUCUAUUACGUACCUUUCACGAGGAUCGCGAUCCUGUCACCUGAGAUUGAGCGAUUGACUCUCACGGUUGGCUCAGCUGGCAAGAAUUUCUACGCCACUGGUUGGCGUGUGGGCUGGGUAAUGGGUCCACCCCAACUGGUUCAAUACGUCUCUGCAGCUCACACACGAAUCUGUUACUCAUCCGUAUCGCCCCUACAGGAGGCUUGUGCCGUUGGCUUCGAGCAAGCCGAGGCCGAAGGUUUCUGGGAUGAGACGGUCAAGGACAUGCAAGGCAAAAUGAAGCGGUUCAACGAGGUCUGGGAGGAGCUGGGCUUACCGUACACCGACCCGGAAGGCGGCUACUUCGUCAUGGUGAACAUGAAGAAGGUGAAGCUACCCGAGGACUACCCCUUUCCGCCACAUGUGGCCAACCGGCCACGAGACUUUAAACUUUCGUGGUUCCUGAUCCAGGAGGUCGGCGUUGCUGCUAUUCCUCCUACCGAGUUCUACACCGAUCCGAACUCGUAUAUAGCCGAGGACUACAUGCGUUUUGCGGUGUGCAAGGAGGACGAGGUCCUAGAGACGGCGAAGGAGCGGCUUAGAGGUCUCAAGAAGUAUAUUGAGUCAUGA